AUGGAUCUUUGCCACAACGCACUGUGUCGCAGUUACGGCGACAAGACAUUGCAACUACCUCGUGGCGGUGCAGUUUUCUACGCAUAUAUGGUCACGAUCGAAUCCUACAUGGGCAUUGUGGAACGCGAUCCGCUCCUUGCUGAUGUAAUAAGCCAAAUACUGCUUAAAAUCUGUGAAGGAAUUCCUGAUUUUGAGUCGCUCCUAUUGGGGAAGCUGCUUCGUUCAUCUCAGCUGCUUAGUUUGAAUGAGGAAAAAUGGUGA